AUGUCCACCGAAAAAGUCUGGAAUCAAGAUGAAAUUCUCAAGCUUAUAGAUUUAGUACAGCAGAGUGAGAAUAUUUGGAAUCCAGCUCACAACCUAUACAAAAAUCGGAUCCGAAGGACGGAUUCAAUAAAUGAAAUUGCUAAGAUCUUAGGUGUUUCGCAGCAAGAAGUCGACAAAAAAUGGAAGACGGUUCAGUCCCAGUUUCGUAGGGAACAGCAUAAAGUAAAAACUAAAAAAUCUGGAGCUGGAACUGAGGAUAGUUGUACAAGUGCGUGA